CCGCCAUGUGAUGACGGACAGACCGUAUCACUGGAGCGAUGGCUUGAAGUCACUCUCAUCAGCAACAAAGCAAAGGCAGCAGCGGCGGCACUGACGUACACCAUCCAGCACAUCACCGGAACCAUACGGACCCUCACCGACACCAUACCGAUGGAAAUCUGGCGCUGAGAGACACCGGAAUCCGAUGAUGCUCGGACUUACAUUCAUGGCAACAUCAGAAAUGCGCGUUAAAUGGAUACUUACGACAACAGAUGCUGCAGGGUGCCGCAUUGCCUGGCCGCUUGGUGAUGGUAGGAUAGAGUAGCGCUUUAAUCGGCAAUGGUCGUUUUUAGGCGUUUUUGGGGUGGGCUGGAAUGAAUGGACGGAUUUUAUGGACAGACGUCAUUGUAUUUAACGCCUAUUAUUUAAACGUACACGCACAUUAGCCUGUUUAAGCCAUACAUACAUGCAUACAAUCGAUGAGCACGACCAUAUGAAUGUAUGUGAAUUUACAUAGGAACCAGAGUAAUAAAUCCACAAUACAGUUACAACUCGUAAGGACUAUCGGUUUCAUAGCUUAUACUCAGGACCAUCUCAAAAGUCAGGUUUAAUGUAAAAGGACUCGCAUUGGUUGACAUUCAUCAUCAUUUAUACUGUAUAGCAUACAGUACAGUACAGUAUAGGAAGCCUUGGUCCAGAGCAAGGACAAUGACUCAUUUACAGGCAGGCCUGUCUCCAGAAACCCUGGAGAAAGCCAAGGUGGAGUUAAAGGAGAACCCCGACACUUUGCAUCAGGACAUACAGGAGGUGAGGGACAUGAUCAUCACCCGUCCAGACAUUGGCUUUCUCAGGACAGACGAUGCUUUCAUCCUGCGCUUUCUCAGAGCACGGAAAUUUAACCAUUUCGAGGCCUUCCGUCUCCUGGCCCAGUACUUUGAAUAUCGCCAGCAGAAUUUAGACAUGUUCAAGAACUUAAAAGCGACCGAUCCGGGGAUCAAGCAGGCUCUGAAGGAUGGAUUCCCGGGGGUUCUGUCUAAUUUGGAUAGAUACGGGAGGAAGAUUUUGGUUCUGUUCGCUGCGAACUGGGAUCAGAGCAGGUACACUUUUGUGGAUAUUCUGCGAGCUAUCUUACUUUCUCUGGAGGCGAUGAUAGAAGACCCUGAGCUACAAGUAAAUGGAUUUGUCCUGAUCAUCGACUGGAGUAACUUUACUUUCAAGCAAGCUUCCAAGCUAACGCCAAGCAUGCUGAGAUUGGCUAUUGAGGGCCUGCAGGACAGCUUUCCGGCUCGUUUUGGAGGGAUCCAUUUUGUCAACCAACCUUGGUACAUCCACGCUCUUUAUACAGUCAUCCGACCCUUCCUGAAGGACAAAACAAGAAAACGGAUCUUCAUGCAUGGAAACAAUCUGAACAGCUUGCACCAGCUGAUUCUGCCUGAGAUUUUACCAUCUGAACUGGGUGGGAUGCUGCCUCCAUAUGACAUGGGCACCUGGGCCAGAACGUUACUUGACCACGCGUACGACGAGGACACUGACUACUGCCCCGAGUCUUACACCCUGUCCGUCAAAGACCUGGAAAAAGAUCUGUCUCCCAAAACCAUGAAGAGGUCCCAGUCCGUGGUGGAGCCAGGUGUCCUAAAACGACCAGAAAAAGUGAAGAGUGAAGAAGAGAACAUGCAGCCCUUGCUUUCACUGGACUAAAGGCUCUUAAAUCCCCAGGCAAUGGGAAACCGACAAACCCGCACGCUGGGGAUGAGUGCACCCUGUUCCUAUAAUGCGAGAAAAAAAAUUGUACAAAGAAAGGUAAUGUUAAGGAGAAGAACACACGAACAGCCUCCAGGAAGACUGCGGAGAGCUGCCAUUAAAAGUGAUAUUUUUGAAGCAAAGAGCUAAAGGCAGACGUCCGUAUGUAAUUGUCAAGUGCCAAUUCAAUUCUGUAAAUACACUUCAGUUCUAGACGUGAGAUGGAGGGAGUAUUUGUCACACAAACAUGUAAAGACUGCUGUGAAUAUCCUGUAUGUGCUUCUCGUGAUUAUUAUGUAGAACAUGGUAACGUGGGAUGGGUAAAUCACGCUUAUAAAGAUUCACUUUGGGCUUUCCGACAGUUUUAUUCCCCAGGAGUUGCUCAGGAGUAUUAGGAAACCAUAAAGCUGAUGGUAGUGUCAGAUGGGCGUAUGUUGCUUUCAUUGAAGAAAAUAGCUUAGCAGUGUUUCACAGCAAAUGCCCAGCAAACACCGUGGCUAAGAAAUCAUUUCUCUGAUGUCGUUUUAAAACAUUAUUUUAUCACAAAUCAGCCUGUGUUCAUUUUGUAGACUUAUAUCCUAGAGGGGUCGAUUCAUAUUUAGUACUGUAGGUUAUAGUUUUCCCUGAUGGUCUUGUUGUUUAUCCUUUGAUGUAAAUGUGAAGCUUUUCUGUUUGAAGUUUGUUUCAGAGAAAAUUAUAUUUAUGCAAAGGACCAAAUGUCUGCAGUUAAUUUUGAAGGUACAGCAAAGUAAUGUACGGUUCAUGGCCUUCAAUUUUACUUUACCGGCAUUAUUUUCAGAUAAUUUUUGAAGCUAAAGGAAUACAGUUUAAGUUCAAAAUUGAUUGAUUAUUUUGGCUUUUUACGUACAACAGCAGUUCACGUCUGUUAAAGGACACCUAUUAUGCCCAUUUUUACAAGAUGUAAUACGAGUCGUAGGUGUGUCUUAUAUGUGUCUGUAAAGUUUCAGCUCAAAACACCACACAGAUCAUUUAUUAUAGCAUGUCCGAAAUGGGUGUGAGGAAAAUGUUUUCGUGUCUGUAGGUUUAAAUGCAAAUAAGGGUACUGCUCCUCACUCCCUUGCCAAAGAGACAGUGACCGCUUUCAAUUAAAAUAGAUCUGAUUCUUGAAACAACAGUAUCUCACUAUUGAGAUAUGGUGGAGGACAGCGUACAACUAUUGUAAUGCAGGCCUGUCAGUCAGUGGCCAUGGGCGGGGCUUUAUCAGUGUGACAUCACAUUAACAAGAGAAUCAGAACAGCAUGUGUAAUAAGGCUGAUUUGGUUCAAUGGGGCUUAAAGGGACACUCCACUUUUUUUGACAAUAUGCUCAUUUUCCAGCUCCCUUAGAGUUAAACAUUUCAUUUUUACCGUUUUGGAAUCCAUUCAGCUAAUCUCCGGGUCUGGCGGUACCACUUUUAGCAUAGCUUAGCAUAAUCCAUUAAAACUGAUUAGACCAUUAGCAUCACUCUAAAAAAUAACCAAAGAGUUUAGAUAUUUUUCUUAUUUAAAACUUGACUCUUAAGUAGUUACAUCGUGUACUAAGACCGAUGGAAAAUUAAAAGUUGCGAUUUUCUAGGCAGAUAUGGCUAGGAACUAUACUCUCAUUCUGGCGUAAUAAUCAAGGACUUUGCUGAUGUAAAGGCGUCUGCAGCCAUGUUACAGCAGCCAAGUCCUUGAUUAUUACGCCAGAAUGAAAGUAUAGAAAAAUAUUUUUAGCGCGAUGCUAUGGUCUAAUCAGAUUCAAUGGAUUAUGCUAAGCUAUGCUAAAAGUGAUAGCGCCAGACCCGGAGAUCAGCUUAAAGGAUUCAAAAACUGUAAAAAUCAAAUGUUUAACUCUGGGGGAACUGGAAAAUGAGCAUUUUUGUUUGUUUUUUAAAAGUGGAGUGUCCCUUUAAAAAUAAUGAGUGGGUGGAUUUAUGUCAUUGUAGGGUGGUUGUGUUCACACACUGCCAACACACAUUUAUGUCCAAAAACCUUGUAAAAGUGGAUUUUGCGUAAUAGGUGCCCUUUAAGCAAGUCAUUUUUCAGUGUUUUGAAGUUCUUGUAUAGACGAGAGCUCAUUCGUGUGUUUCAUGGAAAGUAUAGUUUCCUUCAAAGUAUUAAUUCAAGUCCUUCAGUAUAAAUAAUAUAAAUGUAAUUCAAACAGGUUUACACAAAACCAAACGCAAACAAGGUAUUUUAUCAUAAAAGUGCAUGCUUCCAUAUUAUUAUAUUGGUCCGCUUUUAUUAUAUAAAAAAUAAUUUACUUAUAAUUAUUUAGCUUUUUUAUGGAAUGCUGUUGUUAUUAGUCUCUUUGCAGAUAGGUUGUCCUAAACCAGGAAAGUGGUUUAGUUUCAAGCCCUGACUGAAUUUAGAAAUUAUUCACCAAGUUUCGACAAAAUUAUUUUCCAAUUUGUUUGUUUUGUUUGUGUGUGGGUAUAAUGAACAAGGGCAAUAUAAAGUGCAUUUUACCCAUCGAUUCGGUUAUGUUCCUUUAAGGUAAUUAUUUUAACACAUUCAUACUGUAUAUGAAAAUUAAGUUCUUCAGCAUUUAGCAACGUUUUAUCUCCACGAGCAAACGUUUACACAUCCAUAUUUAAUUUGGGCAAAUAAGACUUACCGGGCAAAGUUACAAUAUGGGCAGUUUGCGCUAAAGAUUUGUUCAUACCUUCAAAUAUCUAAAAUGUUUUUGAGGCCAGGCGAAGUUGGGAGUGGUUUUGGUUAUGUGUGCAGUUGUCAUUACUUUGUAUUAAGAUAAAGUGUUUCAAUUCUAUAGGCACAGCUUUUAUAUAGCCUAGUGGCAAAGUUUGGUCCUGUUUUAUUUGUAUUUAUUUAUUCAUUUGAAUUUGCCUGUAACACUUACUGUAUGUGCACUGCACCGUUUCUCUUCAGAACAAGCAGGUUAAAUCCCUAAUUUAUACUUGCAACCUGAUCUUAAUUUGGGGUUCACAAGGAGUAAACAUUUUUUUUUCUCAAUUAAAAAUUGGCUUUUAAAAUCUGAAUGUAUUCCUUGAGAUUAAUGUUUUACUGCUAUUAUGAAAAGCCAUUAUAACAUUUCAAAUCUCAUUGAAUGGUGAUCAUAGUAACCAAAAAGCAUUCUACUGUAAAUGGUUUAGCCUCAGAUGGUGUAAUGUUUAGCCUAAAUGUGUAAAUUGAUCUGUUUCAGUAUAUAUUUAGUCGAAUUGCCAUGACGAGUAUUUUAAUACGCCUCCAAUUUAUUUGUAUUCUCAUGUGUGGUUUUGGCCAUGCUGCAUUAUAAACAGCCUUUUUUUGUAUUUUAAGCAAUCAGAAUGUUAAACAAAUAUUGUCUCCAUUUUUCUAGCCUUGCUUUCUAUGGGUAUGUACGUAUUGAUAUUACGACCAAAGCAACCCUGGGUUUAACAAUUAUCCCAUUUUUCUACAGACUCCUUGCAAGAAUAGUUUAGUAUGAUUACAUUAGUUUUCACAUUUUCUUUGAUUGUUGGCUUAUCUUUUCCAUAUCACUUUGAUUGUAAAAUAGGGUGUUAGAGAAGCCCAUGCAGUAUAGAGGUAUUAUACAGAACACUACAUGUGGUUUAAAGGAACAUGUUGAAUGGAAGUAAAUAUGUGUAUAUGUCCUUUCAAAAUGCUGAAAUAAAUUAUGUAACUGAAUCAAAACUGCGAAAGGAGAAAAGCAGCCAAUAAAUAUUGAUAUAAAUA